AAUAAUUAUUUGUGUGAGCAUAACUGUGGCUCCUGUUAAUAGCCAACUCUACACAAAAUCUCUAACAGCCCAUGGUCCAGCAGCCAUACCAUUAGCUCUCCCCUCCCUUUGGGAACAGCCAAAAUGAAAAUUUUCCAGGCUGAUCUCUGAAGACCUCCCGCGCCAGCAAGUCCUGGAUUUCCUUGGGAGACACAUCAGUAUGAGGAGGUGAUAAUAGUAAUACCAACCCACAUCAAUGAUGGCUUUCUCUUUAGUCUUGAUCAAAUGUCUGUAAUAGCUUUUGGUCCCCCCAAAAAAGGAAAUGUCGGUAGUAGCUUCUGGCCCCCCAAAAUUAAUGUCGGUAGUGGCUUAUUCAAUUUAAUGGUUUUCUCUCACUCGAGUCAUGUUCUUCCACCGCCUCCUUUUAACUUCAUAUCCUCAAUCAAAUAUCUGUAUUCUGUUGUAGGUCAUCCUCCAAUCUAACUGAGUCACAGGCAAAGAAAUCCAUUCGUUUUGCUGAUCAACUUGUGGGGGUCCUCUCUGCUAACAUUGAAAGCCCUUUGCAUGCUCUGAACUCUCUGCUCCUCAGUAGCUUUCUCUUGGUAUUCACAAAAGGACAAGGGAGAUAUCUUCAGACAUGGCAGAGGCAUUUGUUGAUGAGGGUGAAUACAGGGCCGCCACCUGGACUGGUAGCAGUGAAGCAUUAACCGUCCUUGAUUUUCUCUUAGAGUAUGCCAGUUGUAGGGUUAGGACGCAAUUACCCUGUUGCUCUUGUUUUGGGAGCAAAGUGAGGCUAUAGCCUUUGGUAGAGGAAGGAGUAGCUAAUUAACUACAACCUGGUAUAUUAUGAAAGAAAGAUACUAACCUGAAGUUACACCUGAAGAGUAUUUUUGAAUUCUACAGAUAAACUCGAAACUGUAUAAGUGAUUGGAUGGUCUCAUCAACAAGUACAUAGUUCAGGUCCCUAACUUAAUUUAACUAAGCUUUCAAAUGGGUUUUACAAAUGUACUCUAGUGUGUGCGUCAACAUUAAUCAGCAAUAACCAUAAAAUAAUUCAUCCUUACUGUAAUUGAUUUGAUGAAUUUUCAGUCCAAGAACCCUCAUAUUUAUUCACUGUAAAAUUAUCAAACAAUAUAAGAGCUCAUGAAAGACACAGCAGCAACCAUGAUUAACCCACUUCAAGAAGAUCUCUUAUAUAAUAAUCCCAAACAAAUUCA